AUGGCGGUUCUACCCACCUCACCCCUGCGGCGACGAGCUAGUGGCAUCGUUGGCAAUGGCGGCAAUGGGCCGCAGAGCAACGGCGAAAAUCCCUUGUGAGUCUCCCGACUGAGCACAUUGCUGCCUUGGCUGCGUUCAUGCGCUUCGCAACACUCCCUCGACGCACACGCGCAAGACUCCCUUAGACAACGUCGCGACCAUCUGAACUAGCCUCAUGGCUACGGCACAUCUAUGACUGACACGCUGACGUCUUCAUGCUCAGUCGGUGGGGUAUCAUUGGUACUGGGCCUUUGGCUACCCGCUUCAUAGCGGAGAUCAGGGAGCGCGAAUCGGCGGUCGGCAGCAGUUCACGCAGGUGAGUUCAGGAGUACCCCAUAGAAAUGGCGCCCUUCGCAGAUUCUGCAAAUGAAGGAGCAUGAGGACAGAUGGCUCCGGAACAGGUUCGCACCAGAGUCAGAAAAAAAUGGCGCUGCGGAGCUCCUUCGCUUGACAGUUGCGCAUAUAUUUACCCCCUCGUCCACGUCGCAGCCAACGAGCCCACAAAGUUCUCGCAGUCCAGGCCGCCUCAAAGGUCUUAGUGACUUCAUUCCUACAUUCCAACUUUCCCCCGUCGACUUCGGCGCCCUUGAGCCACUCGACACUCACGGAAAUGCUGGCCUUGUCUGAAAUUGAUGCUGUCCUGGUCGCAACCUCCAAUCAGAGUCAAAGAGGCGAUCAGGCUGCCACUGCCCUCAGGGCUGGCAAGGCAGUCUUGCUCCCCAAGCCUUUGGGUGUCAGCGCCGCCGAGGCUAAGGAGCUCUGCGCUCUCGCUACAAAAAACAGGUCGUGGCUAGCUAUGCCGAUGUCGGACAGCACAACGUGAGUGCGGACCGGAAGUCCACACGGAGGAGAGUUGCUAUGUAACAGCAGCCGAGAUGAGAAGCGGAUCCGGUCCGCAUCUCAUUUACCAGACGCGUAGCACUGACGCGAUUCUAUUGGUCUGGUCAAUCCCCAUGAACGCGCUGCAGACUAGUACACGCUGCGGAUCACUGCUCACAAGGCGUUCAAGGGAAAAUUUCCGAAACGCCUGCCUUGGCCUGGUCGCAAAGCUUAGCCGUGCUAGAGGUGCGUUGCACGCCAGGCGUCCCCAUACUUGCACUUCAUUUGAGCACGCCUUUCCCACGCGCAGAUUUUGGAUGACCUUCGGAUACAAGGCAACUUGCCAGCACCUCCCGACAAGCCACCUGAAGAGCCAGCGGAGCCUCUCCAUAGCGCCAAACCAACGUCGGCCCGAUCUAUUGCAGACCCAAAGAGCGCGGGCGCCGUUGCCUUUCCAAGAGACGAAACGCCAUCCAAGGGAGAUGAUGAGACCUGUUUGAGCGGCCCGCGAAGCGCACCUUUACAGACAAAUCGACCUUCGAGUCGCUUGAGCACCACGAGCGAGACCAGCGUUGCCAGUGGGAGCGCAAGUCAUGGAGAUGCCAGCGCAGACAGAGGUAUGUCACUCAGGCCCGCACACGCCAAGCAAAUGCUGAUGCUGCAACCAACGCGCAUCUCGUCAAUCCCUGAUUAGGAGCUUUACGAGCUCAGGUGCAGGAGAUGAAACACAUCAUCAGGCAGCAAAAGGGCGUCAUUGCGACGCUGGAGCAGAAAGCAGGCCUGCAAACUGGUGCUUCUUCGUCAUGGGCUGCGCCAUCGAAAUACAAAGGUGCGCAGGGGUCAGGCGUGGGUAUGGGAACGCCCCCAUCUGCUUAUAGCAGGCUAAGAGUCGUGAGCGGUGCUUCCGAUCGAGAUGGCGUCACGGUGGAUCGAGAAGGCGUCCGCAGUGCAAGUCCGGCCGGCAGCAUCUCGAGCGUUGGCCGUCGUCGGCGCCGAGAUAGUGGAACUGCGACAAAGGUGGAUCCUGCAGUCGUCCCUGUAGGCAGUGCUAAUCAAUUGGGACUAGCUGCUGUGAAGGAGGCCGGACCCAGCAAUCUGGCCCUGGGAGAAGGACUCUUAGCUCCGACAAUAGCAUCCGAGAAUCGGCGCGUGGCAAGCACCAAUGGCGCAUCCACCGAUAGCGCACAGAGUUCAAACGGCAUCGUGGGAGGAACGGCAGCAGGAGGUUCGUCUGGUAAAGUCAUCCAACAGCUUACAAGUGAGCUUGCCGCUGCGCGCAGCGCGCUGGAGGAGACCAAGGUCCAAUUGAGGGCUUCGCAAAAAUCUCAGGCUGCGGUGCAGCGGUCUUGGGACGAAACAAAGGCUGCUCUGAAUAGGUCACGAGCGGAGAACGAAAAUUCAGGAAGCAUGCUCACUCGCAAAGACCGGCAAGCAUCGGAAGCGCUAGAGAGAGCUCGGAAAGCUGAGAAGGAGGCCAAAGAGCUUGGUAAAGCGAGCAGAGAAUGGGGUUCGCGGGUCAGAGAGGUGGAAGCGGAGCUGGGAGAAGAGAGACGACGGAAACAGAAGACCGAGGCAAGCUAUGAAGCGUUGACGAGCGCUUGGAAGACGAUGCGAGAGACGUGGGAGAAGGAGCUUGGAGGUUUGAGAAAGCAGUUGAAAGACCAGAUCGCUGAUAAUGCGGCACAGGCCAAGAAGAUGACCGACACGUUCGACGAGGCCAAACAGGCUUGGUUAGGUCGCGAAAGCGAGCGACAGAGUCUGGAUACGACUUUAACAAGACUGCAAGAGGAGAGAGAAAAGGCGAAAGAAAUCGUCACCAGGCAGGUCGAAGAGCUGGUCAAACAGCUGGUCGAGCACGAGAAGCACACUGGCAGUCAAGAUGCCAAUGUGGAAGAAUGCGCUUCUGCAGUCCGACGAAUGAUCCGUUUGGCCAGGGCAAACGAUACGACCACACCUUUCUGA